CGAGACGAAUUUUUUGAUUCCAUGGUUUAACAAUAAUUAUCACGAACCAACAAAAUUACUAUAUUGUCGCGAAAUUUUUUCCUUUUGCCAUCCGAAAGAUCAAACGCAUCACCUAAAACACCAUUAAUUAAAGAAGCCCGCGCGCGCGCACACACGCACACACACAAAAUCUCUCCGUUUAGGGGAGGCGAAGAAGAGGACAAGGGGCGGAAGGCUGCAAACCCUAGCGCUGGGUCGAAGCAACGUCGUGCGCCAGCCACAGGCGCCAGACCUGCGUGAACCUGCCUUCGCGAUUCCUUUACCUUCACGCGGUGGCAACUCCGCAUUGUGUUGUGCCUCGCGUUGUGCCAGGACGGGGAUCCAUGGCAUUGUCGGCGCGACGAGGCUCGUGUCGGUAGGGCCCCUCGGGUGGCGGAUCCGGGAGACGCGGCAUGGCGCUCUUCCGCAAGUUCUUCUACCGCAAGCCGCCCGACGGGCUCCUUGAGAUCACCGAACGCGUCUAUGUGUUUGAUUCUUGCUUCACAACUGAUGUCUUCGAUGAUGAUAAGUACCGGGAUUAUAUUCGUGACAUUGUUGCACAACUUCGGAGCCACUUCGCUGAUGCUUCAUUUAUGGUCUUCAAUUUUCGGGAUGGAGACAGUCAAAGUUUACUGGCGAAUAUAUUAUCAAGCUAUGAUAUGGUAGUUAUGGACUACCCCAGACAAUAUGAGGGAUGCCCACUCCUUACAAUAGAAAUGAUUCAUCAUUACUUGAGGUCAGGGGAGAGUUGGCUCUCUUUGGGCCAGCAAAAUGUCUUAAUAAUGCAUUGUGAGCGUGGUGGCUGGGCUGUACUUGCAUUCAUGUUGGCAGGACUGCUGUUGUACAGAAAGCAGUUUAUUGGUGAGCAGAGGACACUGGAAAUGAUUUACAGGCAAGCUCCUCGUGAGCUGGUUCAGUUGUUGUCACCAUUGAAUCCUAUGCCUUCUCAGAUAAGGUACUUACAUUAUAUAUCUCGGAGGAACGUGAGCUCAGAGUGGCCACCUCAGGACCGGGCCCUUACUUUAGACUGUGUGAUACUAAGAAACAUUCCAGGCUUUAAUGAAGAGGGAGAAUGUAGACCAAUAUUCCGUAUUUAUGGACAAGAUCCUUUACUUGCUACAAGUAACACACCUAAGGUGCUAUUUGCAACACCAAAAAGGAGCAAAUACGUUAGGCUUUACAAGAAGGCAGACUGUGAACUGAUUAAGAUAGACAUCCACUGCCAUAUUCAAGGUGAUGUUGUCCUUGAAUGCAUUAGCCUUGAUGCUGAUCAAGAACGAGAAGAGAUGAUGUUCCGAGUCAUGUUCAAUACAGCCUUUAUCAGAUCUAAUAUUCUGAUGUUAAAUCGUGAUGAAAUUGAUAUAUUGUGGGAUGCCAAAGAUCGAUUCCCAAAGGAAUUCAGAGCUGAGGUUCUUCUUUCAGAAAUGGACACUGCCAAUCAGUUAGGUCCCAUGGAGGUGGCAGGUAUAGGAGAGAAGGGGGGUUUACCAAUUGAAGCAUUUGCAAAGGUUCAAGAGAUGUUCAGCAAUGUGGACUGGCUAGAUCCGACAGGGGAUGCUGCAGUCCAGCUUUUCCAGCGACUUACUUCAUCAGAAAAUAUUCAGCUGAGGCAAGGAUUCUUGUCUCCAAGUAAGAAAGAAGCAGAAUCAUUAGAGCUUGGUUCAAUGUCUCCAAUCAACAGGCAUUCUGACAAUGUUGAAGUUCAACAAGAACCAAGCAAAGUUGAAGACGCCACAGUCUAUGUGAACAAACUGGAAAGUGUUGGUCGACAGGCAUUGAUCUUGUUGGAGCAAGCCACUAAUUCUGAAGUCAAAACUGGAAUUUCUAUUGUCCAAGAAAAUCUAGGCUCUCUAGUUCACAAGGUUGACAGUAACGCCGAACAGUCAAUUUCACUAGAAAAGGCUAUUUCCUCUACCAUGAAAUCUAUUGAACCAGUUCUUAAGGAUCAAAAUGCUAAACUUGAUGAGCAACAUGGUUCAGGUCAACGCUCUUCACCCACUAUAAUUAUGUCACAGCGAUUUCCAAUUUCUAGUUCAUGCUCUGCUCUUUCUGGCUACUCCAGUCCUAGAUCACUUUCAGCUUGUCCAAGAAUUAAUAGUGCGCCUUCAGCCUUUGGAAUUACAGCUCUGUUGGAAGACCAUGCUGGAAGUGCUGAGAAUUGUUGUGGUUCAACUGUAACCUCAACCACAGUAUCGAAUCUUUGUACUGGUGUAAUCCAAAUUACAUCAAAACGACCAUCAGGACAGCAUCCAACAACAGGUACUCCUGUUGUAACAAAGGGUAUGCCACCACCACCCCCUCUACCAUCGCCACUAGAUUUGCUGGUAUCAGAUUCUAUUAUGAUGGCAGAAGCAAAAGACUCAUCUCAACCUACCCUCAACAAUUCAGGCCUUCCAUCUUAUCCAGAGAGACGAUUGGCAUUUCAGUUAUUUGGAACUACUACUCUGGCCACAAAUCAUCAGAAAUCCUCAACUAGUGUCACAAUUGAAUUGUUGCAAACUUCUGCUCCACCGACGCCCCCACAGCCCCCGUCAUCAUCAGUUUCUAGUUCUUCAAGUAUUUAUCAUAUGCCUCCAUAUUCUUUGUCUGUCACUCCAACUUCAUUCAGACCUCCAGGACCAGCUGCACCACAACCACCACCCGUGCCACCCCCGCCUCCACCCGUGCCUAGGCCUUCUCCUGUUAGGUCUCAUGCACCACAACCGCUGACACCUCAACGACCUGCUUCAAGUUUAUCUCUUAAACUGUCAGAGCCACCUCAAUCCCCACCUCUGCCACUGCCACCUGGGUGCUCUCUCAGUAGACCUCCCGCACCACCACCACCUCCACUACUUGCUUCUACUUCAUCUACUGUUACUCCUGCUGCACCACCUCUGCCUCUAUUUGCAUCUACUUUAUCUCCUGUUAGGCCUGCUGCACCCCCUCCACCACCUGCCCCAACAUUAUCACAUUUCAGAGCUUCAGCACCGCCUCCGCCUCCACCACCUGGAACAACCUCCAGUCCACCUCCACCCCCUCCACCACGCUAUUCAUCAAAACAAUCAUCCAGUCCCAUGGGCAAAUCGAUGCCAUCACCUCCUAUUCCAGCACCACCCUCCCAUGGAGCUUCUGGUAACAUUGUACCCCCGCCAGCACCUCCUGGUGGUAAUGCUAAACUGUUUGGUCCUCAGGGGCGUGGACCUGCACCUCCUGCAGGUCCAAUGUCAAAGAGCUUUCAAUCUGGCCAGGCUGUGUCCAGAAGGUCAAAUUUGAAGCCACUUCAUUGGGUGAAAGUAACAAGAGCAAUGCAUGGCAGUCUGUGGGCGGAGUCACAGAAGCCUGAUGAAACUUUAAAAGCCCCUGUGUUCGAUAUGUCAGAACUAGAAAAUCUUUUUUCAGCUGUACUGCCAAGUUCAGAUUCAAAGCGUACAGAUAAGUCAGGCAGUCGUGCAUCUGGGUCGAAACCAGAAAAAAUUCAUCUUAUUGAUCUUCGCCGGGCUAACAAUUGUGGAAUCAUGCUUACCAAAGUCAAAAUGCCACUGCCUGACCUAAUGAGUGCAAUUCUGGCUCUGGAUCAUACUGUCCUGGAUGCUGACCAGGUGGAGAACCUUAUUAAGUUCACUCCAUCUAAAGAUGAAAUUGAACUUCUAAAGGGUUACAAAGGAGAGAAGCAAGUUCUUGGAGAAUGUGAGCAGUUCUUUAUGGAGCUUAUGAAAGUACCACGUGUAGAAUCUAAGCUGAGAGUUUUCUCAUUUAAGAUUCAAUUCCGCUCCCAGGUUUCUGACCUUAAGCGGAACCUGAACAUUGUUAAUUCUUCAGCAGAAGAGAUACGAGGUUCCGUCAAAUUGAAAAGGAUUAUGCAGACAAUUCUUUCUCUCGGAAAUGCAUUGAACCAAGGCACUGCCAGAGUAUGGUCCCCUUUAUUUUUUGUAGGUUCUGCUGUUGGUUUCAGGUUGGAUAGCUUGCUCAAACUAAGUGACACCCGUGCUCGUAACAAUAAGAUGACUUUGAUGCACUAUUUAUCCAAGGUGCUUUCUGAGAAACUUCCAGAACUUCUAGAUUUCCCGAAAGACUUGUCUAGCUUGGAGCUGGCGGCAAAGCAGAUACAAUUGAAGUCUUUAGCAGAGGAAAUGCAGGCUGUAAACAAAGGACUUGAGAAAGUUGAGCAAGAGCUUACUACAUCUGAAAAUGAUGGUCCUGUGUCAGAGAUCUUCCGCAAGGUGACUGUUACUAACCUUGUAGACUUGGGAAGAAUAUUUCCAUUAGUCUUCGUGUAGAUAUAUACAGCCAUAGUGUGUGCCAAUAUGGACCUAGAUGAUAUGGGCCUUAACAGUGACUACUGCUGCUGCAUCUUUAUAAUCUAAUAACUGCACUUAACAUGACUAUAGUACUGUUUGCACCUAAGUGUAGAAAGGUAUUAUAGGGAAAAUACACCGCACACCCAAAGGGGGGGGGGGGUGGCCUUUCAUUAUAUAGCCUGAACGGCUUGGGGUACAAGCCUGAUCGGCUGGGGUACAAGCCUGGUCGGCUUGGGGUACAAGUCGUGUACAACACGUAUAUUAUGAGUUAGCUAUACAUAUCUAAUAUAUAUCUAUGUAUAACUCUAAUACCCGCCCUUAGUCAUAGCGGGAGAAUCUCGGACGCAAAGACUAGUCCUAAAAUCAGUAAACAACUGUACAGGUAAGCCUUUGGUUAUAAUGUCCGCAAACUGGUGCGACGAGGGAACAUGGAGCACUCGGACCUGACCCAAAGCAACCUUGUCACGGAAAAAAUGAAUGUCAAUCUCAAUGUGCUUCGUGCGCCGAUGAUGAACACGAUUCCCUGUCAUAUAUACUGCGCUGACAUUGUCACAGUAAACAAUCGUUGCCGAAGGUAGCGGAGUGUGUAGCUCUUGGAGUAACUGACAAAGCCAACAUGUCUCUGCAACAGCGUGUGCUACAGCCCUGUAUUCCGCCUCAGCGCUGGAGCGAGAGACAGUGGUCUGCCCCGCUUAGAAGACCAGGACACCAGGUUAUCACCAAGAUAGACAGUAUCCAGAAGUCGAAUGUCGAGAAUCCGGACAACCAGCCCAGUCAGCAUCCGAGUAGGCAGUGAGACUAUCAAUCGGUCCAGCACUGAUAGAAAGACCAGCAGACUGUGUGCCCUUGACAUAACUAAGAAUCCUCUUAAGGAAUGCAAGAUGAGGUUCUCGCGGAUCAUGCAUAAACAGACAUACUUGCUGAACAGCAUAUGCAAGGUCAGGACGAGUCAGUGUCAAGUACUGGAGAGCACCAGCGAGGCUGCGAAAUUGUGUCAGAUCAGCAACAGGAGAGCCGUCUGUGGCAGAGAGCUUCAUACGGGCAUCAACCGGAGUAGCUGUAGGAUGGCAUUCAGACAUGCCAGCACGCUGCAGACGAUCAGUGUCUUUGAGACAGAAAGAGGCCGCUGGCAGAUCUAGUGACAGAAAUCUCAAGAAAAUGAUGAAGUUCUCCUAAAUCCGUCAUAGCAAACUCAGAAUGAAGUCGCUCCAUGAUACGACGAAGAAGAGCUGGCGAUGAGGCAGUCAGAACGAUGUCAUCAACAUAUAGUAACAAGUAAGCAGUGUUGGAGCCAUCUUUGUACACAAACAGCGACGAAUCAGACACUGAAGUGACAAAACCCAAAGUCCUGAUGAAGGAUGCAAAACGCUGGUGCCAGGCUCGAGGUGCUUGCUUGAGGCCAUAUAGAGAUUUCUGAAGGAGACAAACAUGAUCAGGGGGCUGCUGACAGUAAACAAUCUCAUUGAGAUGACCAUGAAGAAACACGUUCUUAACAUCCUAUUGAUGAAUAGGCCAAGAACGAGAAGCUGCAAUACUUAGAACAACCCAAAUCGUGGCAGGUUUCACAACUGGACUGAAAGUUUCGUCGUAGUCAAUGUCGUACCACUGAGAAAAACCACGGACAACCCAGCGAGCUUUAUGGCGAGCAAGAGAUCCAUCUGAGUGGUGCUGAUGCUUGAAAAUCCACUUGCCUGAGACGAUGUUGGCACCGAGUGGUCGAGGAACUAGACUCCUAGUGCCAUUGUCAAUCAGAGCUUUGUAUUCAUCAACCAUCGCAGCACGCCAGUUCGGAUCAGCAAGAGCACUGCGAUAAUUUGCAGGAAGUGGCGAAGCUAUCGCGGCCAAGAAACCCAAGCGCUGAAUUGGCGGAGGAAGAGUCCCUGGCGAGUGACUGGGCGCGAGAUGGCAUCAUCCGGUGGUGAAGCUGGUGCAGAAACUACAGCAGGGGGAGACCUGGUCGGCUCUGGUGCUGCAGCCGAAGCAUUGGAGGGCGAUGGAACAGGACGGCGCCGGCUGUAAACCUACGUGAUCGGCGGUCGAGCGCUGAGAACUCCAGCUGGGCGCAGUAGAGGCCCGGCAGCAGCACGGGGCUGCCUGGAAGGAGACGGUGCACCAAAGACCGGCUGAGCAGCAGCAGUCGUGGAAGCACCGGGGACCGAGAGCACUGGACCGAGCCAAAGAAUAGCCGGAUCCUGCUCCAGACUGUCAUCUUGCACCACACGUGGAGAAGGAUGGCUGGCAGGCACCAGGGGUGCUGGUGGAGGCGCCGGUAGUCGAUCCUGCAACAGAAAAUCAAGUGACUCCGUAGGCGGUUUGGCAGCCGCAAACGGAAAGUAAGACUCAUCAAAGACUACAUGUCAUGAAACGAUCACUUUGCGAGUGGAGAGAUCGAGGCAUCGGUAACCCUUCUUGGAGGAAGGAUAGCCGAUGAAGACACAUGCAGAGGAGCGAGGGGCGAGCUUGUGAGGUGUCAUGGCACUAAGAUUGGGGUAGCAAAAACAGCCAAAAACUCGAAGAGAGGAAAAAUCUGGCAUCUUGUGAUAUAGUAGAUGAUGAGGAAUACCAUUAAAGAUGGAGGAGGAUGGACGCCGGUUUAGCAGAUAAACAACAGUGGCCAGGGCCUCGCCCAGUACUGUGGUGGCAUAGCAGCAUGCAGCAGAAGAGUGCGAGUAAUAUUGUUGAGAGUGCGCAACAUCCUUUCAGCUUUGCCGUUCUGGGCUGACAUGUAAGGGCAAGUGGUACGAAGUAGGAUACCGCGACUACCAAGGAAGGUAGAGGUGGUGUUAUUAAUGAACUCUGUGCCAUUAUUCGCCUGAAAACACUUGACUGACAAGUUGAACUGGGUGUGAGCAUAGGUAACAAAAUUGACAAGCUGAGUAUGCACGUCUGAUUUAUGCCAAAGAGGAAACGACCAGCAAUAGUGACUAUAAUCAUCCACAAGCACAAGAUAGUGUUUGAAACCAGACACACUAAGAACUGGAGAAGACCACACAUCACAGUGAACAAGUGCAAUGGGAACGGACGAACGUGAUGAAGAACUAGUAAAUGGCAAACAAGCAUGUUUACCAAGUUGACAGGCGUGGCAAACAACACGAUCUAAGUUAUUACAUGAAAUAGCUGAAAUUUUAUUGAGACGAGCUAGGGCAGCGGGUGCAGGAUGACCAAGACGGGAGUGCCACAAGGAUGAUGGAACAGCAACAUGACAGGUGGCAGCUGGUGGACUGGAUGAUGAAAGGGUGUAGAGGUCCUCUCCAUUAUUGCAGCGUAGAAUCACGUUCCGGGUCUGGAGAUCCUUGACACAAAAACCAUAGGCGUCAAACUCAAUAGAGCAGUUAUUGUCACGAGUAAAUUGACGAACUGAAAGGAGGUUGCGAACAAGAUGUGGAGCAACAAGAACAUUAUUGAGUUUGAAAAGAUGAUCAGCUAUAGGAAUAAUAGAAGUGCCCCGACUAGAGACUGGAAUAGAUGCCCCAUUGCCGAUGAAGGACGACGAAUGAGGGAGACGGGAAAGAAGUAUACCGUCGCUGGCCGACUUGUGAGAGGUCGCGCUAGUGUCGAGGACCCAGGGACUUGGUCCUGUGCUGCCUUGAAGUGCCAUCUGGUUCAGUGAAGCGAUGAGGGCACCCUGAUCCCAUCCGCCUGUAAUGGAAGGGGGGGGGGGCGCCACUGUGGCUGAUGUUGCCACUGCGGCUGUGCGGGAACAUACCGGCCCAUGGGUUCAUGCAGAACCAAGGACCGGCUGGAGGGACGCCUAGACGCCCGCCUGAAGAAGUCCGAGAUGGGUCCGACUGCUGCUAGAAGCGGCCACCACCGCCGUUGCCCUUCCCUUUGCCCUUGCCCUUACCCUUGCCACCACCACCGAUACCGCCAC